GAUUUUUUAACUACGGAGCACAAACUCGAGACGGAGCAAUAUCAAGAUCUUGACAUGUUCAUUGCAGACGCUCAGCUUGUGUGCGACAAUGCUAAGGUAUACAAUCCCGAGGAUACCAUCUAUUAUAAGGGCACGAUUAAGAUGGAACAAGUGCUGAUGGGUCAUGUCAGUCGUGUGUGCGAAAUCAGUUGA